AAUAUCUUAGCAAAGGUAGCUGAAUCACAAUGGGUUCUCUAAGAGAGUUUUGUAGAUUCUGACCUCAAACAAUAAAGUUGUAAUUGCGAUCCGGUAUAAAGUGUUUAGGGGAAAUCCACUACCGGAUAUAUUUACAAUAUAUAUAGUCUGGAAUAAAUCUUUGUUUUUAUAUCUAAAAGAAUCAUCAAGGUUAGUGAUUACAAGAUGCAUUGUUCGUUUCCAAUCUUAAUUGUCUUGGCACUUGUGGGGUAUUCAUAUGGAGCUACUAAAACGAAGUGCCAAGUUGUACAAGCACUACGCAAUCAGAAUGUACCAGACAGUGAUCUAAGAGACUGGCUGUGUUUGGUAAAACACGAAAGUAACUACAUAUAUGAUGCAGUAGGUACAAAUUCUAAUGGUUCGAAAGAUUAUGGUAUUUUCCAGAUGAACAGUAACUACUUUUGCGGAAGGCCAAACGGUACUAGUUCCUCAACGUGUUGGAGAGUUAAUACAUACGGAUGUGCCGACUCUUGCAACUCAUUCAAGAACUCGGACAUAUCAAACGAUGCAAAUUGUGCAGUAAGGGUUAAAAAUUGUGGAGGGUUUGGCAAAUGGUAUGGUUGGAAAAACCACUGUUCUAAUGUCCAGGGUUCAGAAUACGACUACAGCUCAUGCUAGUUCUUGCAUUUCAAAAUAAAAUAAAAUUCAUAUGAAGACUAAAAAAUAUAAUGGUAUUUUGCCAAAUAUUAUUUUCACAAAGAAUUAUAUAAAGUUUAUAUCUCCUGUA